CCGCCGCCGGGCCGCGCGUCCGCCGCCAGCCGGCUCAGGCCCCAGCCGCCGCCGCCUCCCCCUCCAUGGCCGCCGCUCUCGCCGGCUGCAUUGUGGGAAACUGACCUCACUCGCUGCUGCCGCCGCCCCGCCGGCUCCGGCACUCGCCGCCAUGGGGGCCGUGACCGACGAUGAAGUUAUCCGCAAGCGACUUCUGAUCGAUGGCGAUGGUGCUGGCGACGACAGGCGGAUCAAUUUGUUGGUGAAGAGUUUCAUUAAGUGGUGUAAUUCCGGAUCUCAAGAGGAAGGUUACAGCCAGUACCAACGAAUGCUGAGUACUUUAUCACAGUGUGAAUUUUCAAUGGGAAAAACUCUUCUGGUGUAUGAUAUGAACCUGAGAGAAAUGGAAAAUUAUGAGAAAAUCUAUAAGGAUAUAGAAAACAGUAUAGCUGCAGCACAUGAGAAGAUUUCUGAAUGCAAGAAACAAAUCCUGCAAGCAAAAAGGAUUCGAAAAAAUCGCCAGGAAUACGAUGCGUUGGCCAAAGUCAUACAGCACCAUCCAGACAGACACGAAACAUUAAAGCAGCUGGAAGCUUUGGGAAAAGAGCUGCAACAUCUUUCUCACAUUAAAGAAAAUGUUGAAGAUAAGUUGGAGCUGAGAAGAAAGCAGUUUCAUGUUCUUCUGAGCACCAUCCAUGAACUUCAGCAAACCCUGGAAAAUGAUGAAAAACUUUCAGAAGCUGAAGAAUCUCAAGAAACUCCGAUGGAAACAGAGACCAAACAGUAGAUGUGAUAUGAAGUCUGGCUAUACUACUGAAGAAUAUACAAGUGUCUCCAGUGCGUAUUGAAACCCACAGUAAGAGAGAUGAAACUGAAGAAUAGUUUUCUACUGUUUCUGUGAAUUUUUAUACAAAAAAUACUUGUUUUGCUUGUGCUUCAGUUACAAAACUGAUCCAACAGGCACUUUGUGAUAAUCCACAAACUUUGUAAUUUGUGACAAGAAAUGUAUUUUGGUUUACAAAGGAUGAAGCUUCUGCUCAGUACUUGUGAACUAAGGUGUUUGCAAAGCAUUGUCAAUAAAAGGUGUGUAGAAAGAGUUUCA